UAACUGAUCAAUAAUGAAAUUUGCUCAUUUAAAUGUUCGUUCUUUACCCGCUCAUUUUCUAAAUAUUAAGGAUUUGAUUGUCGAUGGGAACUUCGAUAUUUUUGCAAUAUCUGAAACUUGGAUUUAUACUGAGACAAUUACUUCACAAUAUUCAAUUAAUGGUUAUCAAUCCGUGUUUGCUGGUAGAUUGUGUCCUUGUAGUCACACUAAUGCAGGUUCGGGGGGUGGAGUUGGCUUUUACAUUAAAUCGACACUGAAAUAUAAUAUUUUAUUUCAAGAAAUAUCUUCCGCUAUAGAGCAUCUUUGGAUUGAACUUAUUGAUUUUCCUGUUUCCAUGGUUAUUGGUGUUGUUUACCGACCUCAUGGAGGUUUGGGUGAAUUUCUCUCGCGUUUUGAAGAUGUCCUAUCCUAUCUUGCUCCAUCUUCUGACGAACUUGUCAGCUUAGGUGAUUUCAACAUCAAUGGCUUAGAUGUUGAUGGCUUUUAUGGUAAUCGAUUUAUUCCUACCAUUGAGCAGUUUAGUCUUCACCAAGUUACAUCGAAUCCAACACGGAUCACCCGUGGUGAUUCCAGGAAAUUGUGGGGUGCCUUUCGGUCUUUAGGCAUUGGCGGUAAUAGAGCUGGUAGUAUUCCUAGCAACAUUGGUGAUGCUGAUUUGAUUAACAAUUCUUUUUUGGCCUUUCAAAUUACCAACUCUGGUGAUGCAGAGCUUAUUAAAUUCUACAACUCUAAUAUUCUGCCUCAGAACUGUACUACCAUAUCCUUUUCCUUAGCAUCGGAAGACGAAAUCUAUCGUGCGCUGCAAUCUAUUAAAACCAAUGCAGUUGGAAAUGAUGGCAUUAGCGUAAAGAUGUUACUUCUGUGUUGCCCUGUGAUUAUUCCGUAUUUGUGCCAUAUUGUCAAUCUUUGUCUGGAGCUGGGUGUCUUUCCUGAUCAAUGGAAGACUGCCUUAGUGUCUCCCAUCCCGAAAUGCAGUAACCCCUCAGGACUAAAUGAUCUUCGGCCUAUUAGCAUCUUAAAU